AUGGACCCAUUAACUACAGAACCUUUAGGAGAUUCUGAGGAAGAUUUCGAUUGUCCUAGUGACCCAACUAGGGGAAUUUCUUCAGACCAUAACUCCCCGAAAUCUUCCUCGACACGUGAAUGCUCCCCAUAUGCCUCUGCAGUGGAGAUUGCAGAUAAUAUAUGCACCCGUGAAGAACACUUUCUAAAUGAUAAUGGAGACAUAUCUAUUCACAGCAAUACAAAGCCCAUUCGCUUACCUAAUAGAACAACCGGAUUCCGAUUGUCAGAUGGUCACAAGAAAUCCGUACAAAUGCAAUUUGAAGGCAGGAAAUUUAAGUCAGCUGUUAAAUCGUCGGUUAAAAAAGAUAAACAACCGGACGUUACCGCAGAGAUUGUUCGGUGCAAGGAAGAACUCUCAAAUUACCUCGAGUUCUCUGAUUUCGGUCUGCAAACUCUUCCUGCUGGAAUCUUUAAGGAUUUACCCCUAGUGGAAACGCUCUUUCUCAAUGGGAACAAACUUACCGGUUUACCUACUGGCCAACUGACCAGCUUAUCCAAUUUGCGUCGACUACUUCUCCAACAAAAUGCUAUCGUUUGUAGUGGUCUUCCAGCGGAUCUCUCCAAGUUAACUUGUCUAGAAGUUUUGGAUUUGCGGCAUAAUCGUUUAGAAGGUCAACUCCCACCCUGUCUCUAUGGUCUAAGUGGCCUCAAACAACUCCUUCUUAGUUACAACAAGAUUGGAGUCAUUUCUGACGACCUCAAAAAUCUUAAGGUUAGUGCAGUACCCUUUUCUAUUUGGAUUCAUUUGAGUGACUUUUGUGCUGCUGCUGCUGCUGUUGCUACUGCGUAUGAAGUGGUCUGA